UCGAAAUUAAACACAAAUGGGCAAUAGGAUGAAACACUGCUGUAAGCACCUACACCGAAGUCUCCUUCGUGUAGGCCCUCCUUACAACUUCAUUAUCCUCAUUCUGAAUGUGCUCAUACCUGGCUCAGGGACCAUCCUGAGUUCCUUCAUGAGCGUUGACUUUAAUGAUAUCCAGUAUUAUUGAGGAAUUUUACAGUUCUUCACAUCUAUCUGAAUAUUCGGCUGGGUUUGGUCGGUUUAUUGGGGAUGAAUAAUUUUCAUAAAGGGCUUCCACUAUCAAAGACCCUCCUCAGAACCCAAGCAGCGAAGACAAGUAUAUUCUAUUGACUUAUCAAGUUACGAAAUUCGAGAUCCUAAUCAACCACCAUUACCUCAAGAAGUAUCUGUAAGACUGUCACUUAACAAUGCAUCACUAAAUAAAAGUGGGCAUCAUCUUUAAUGAACUACCCAACUUUGAUAUACAUAUUUCA